AUGGGGGGAAAUCCAGCUAGGAACAACGAAAGCAAAACCCCUAACAUUAUUUUUAAAACUGGUCGGAUUGGUGGAUUUGUGGACAGUCUUAUUGUAUCUGGUAAAAUAGAAGAUAUUCUGUGCGAGAUGGUUGUGGAUACAGGUUCAAAUAUCACAAUUGUUCGACCAGAUAUGGUGAGGAGAAUAUCGAAAAGUAAGAUAGUAGAUAUUAAACCAGUGGACAGUUGUUUACAUAUGGUGACAGGUGACACAACUCCAGUGUGGGGCUGGGGCAGUGUAUGUGUUACAAUUGGUGGUCUGGAAACAGGUCAGGAUGUGUGGAUCGCGGAAAUUGAAAACAAGUGUAUUUUUGGCUUAGACUUUCUGGGGCCAAAUGGUUGUAUUGUUGAUGUGCUGGAUGGAUGCCUGCGGAUUGGCACAGAGGAGAUUCAACUUCAACAGUUGGGGAGCCGGGAGAGUCGGGAGCAACCAAGGUGUUGGAGAGUGUAUGUGGCUGAGACCAUGGCAAUUCCAGCACAAAGCGAAGCUUUAAUUCCUGGGCGACUACAAGAUGGUGAAUCUUCCGGUGAGGUGUGGGGAAGCCUGGAACCAACAAGGAAGCGAGGGUUACCAAGUGAAAUAAUUUUGGCGAGAACUGUUGUUGAUCUACGUAAGCCGAGGUUUGUUGUUAGAGUAAUGAACUUGUCUGACAAAGAGAGAGUAGUUAAGAAGGGAACAGAAGAGGCUAGUUGUGAGUCAGUCCAAUGUGUAACUUUGUUGUCAGGAAACAGCAGUGCUAUGAAGCAGGAAGUUCCUGAAUUCCAUGAAGCAUUGCAAGAACUUUAUGAAAGGAGCGCAGAAGGCCUUGAUAGUUCUCAAAAAGAGAAACUCAUGAGUUGCUAG